GAGGCGGACGCAGAGCCGUGGUUGGUCUGGCUGGGCGGUCGCAAGCGCGAGGCGACCCGUGGGGUGUCGCGCGCAGUUAAGCAGCAGCAGCAGCAGGAGCAGUAGCCGCCGUGUGAGGGAGCCAUGAAGCACUAUGAGGUGGAGAUUCUGGAUGCAAAGACGAGGGAGAAGCUGUGUUUUCUGGACAAGGUGGAGCCCCACGCCACCAUUGCUGAGAUCAAGAACCUCUUCACCAAGACCCAUCCGCAGUGGUACCCUGCCCGCCAGUCCCUCCGUCUGGACCCCAAGGGCAAAUCUCUGAAGGAUGAGGAUGUUCUGCAGAAGCUGCCUGUGGGCACCACGGCCACACUCUACUUCCGGGACUUGGGGGCCCAGAUCAGCUGGGUGACGGUUUUCCUGACGGAGUACGCGGGGCCCCUUUUCAUCUACCUGCUCUUCUACUUCCGGGUGCCCUUCAUCUAUGGCCAUAAAUACGACUUCACAUCCAGCCGGCACACUGUGGUGCAGCAGAACUGCACCUACUACUGGGGCUUUGCCGCGUGGAUGGCCUACUACAUCAACCACCCUCUCUACACGCCCCCCACCUAUGGAGCCCAGCAGGUUAAACUGGCCCUCGCCAUCUUUGUGAUCUGCCAGCUUGGCAACUUCUCCAUCCACAUGGCCCUGCGGGACUUGCGACCCGCAGGGUCCAAGACCAGGAAGAUCCCGUAUCCCACCAAGAACCCCUUCACGUGGCUGUUUCUGCUGGUGUCCUGCCCCAACUACACUUAUGAGGUGGGGUCUUGGAUUGGCUUUGCCAUCAUGACACAGUGUCUCCCAGUGGCCCUCUUCUCCCUGGUGGGCUUCACCCAGAUGACCAUCUGGGCCAAGGGCAAGCACCGCAGCUACCUGAAGGAGUUCCGUGACUACCCGCCCCUGCGCAUGCCCAUCAUCCCGUUCCUGCUCUGAGCUGCUCACUCCACCUGGGCUCAGCCAAGCCAGCCUCUCAUUCUCCCACCCCAGUGCUGUCCUGGGGAGGAGUGGGGGCCAGAGCUCUCCAGCACCUGGAAUAAAACCUGCCUGUCCCAGUUGGA